CUAGAGAAAAUAGACGGAGGAGCGGUGGAGAGUGGAUCGCGAUCGUCGAUGGGGGAUGGAGCUGUCUGUUGUAUGGAGAAUCGCAGAGACAACUCGUCGCGCGCGUUGUUUGGUAUGGGAGUUGGCGCGGAGGUCAAUCGGGGAGGAGUCGAAAGAUGAACGAACGAAUCAAUGAAUCAAUCGAUAGUUCGAGGAAUGGCACAGGCGACUAGCGAAAAGAGGGAAAGCAAGUCGCAAGCAGUAGGGAGAUCGGAGGGUGGUGGAUCGACGGGAGAUGGAGAUGGAUGGAGAUGGAUGGAGACAGGGACGAUGGGUCACUGGAUGAGGAAGUAGUGAGGGAUACGAAAGAGACAAUCUUUCAGAUGAUGGAGUCUAUCAGGAUAAUAUCUGAAGGAGUAUUAGACGUUGCCAGAGGGAGAGAGAGAGAGAGAGAAAGUGAAGUGAAAGUAAGAGAUAGAGAGAGACAGAGGGAGAAGAUCAAAGGGCGAAGAAGAAAGAAAGCGAGAGAUUCAGCCCCAAUGGUUGAGUCUGCCUCACCGCUUACCCGAUCGGGAAUAGCUCCCGUGCCUCCGUCGCGAUUUCACCCUCGAUUGGGGGGAUCCUCAGGCACGGCAGAAACAACAGCAUCUUCUCCAUUGUGGAUGACUGGCAACCGUGUUUAUCCUUCCAUCUCCAUCUCCGAUUUCCAUCAUCUUCACGGGAGAUAUCUGCGAGAACGGAUAGGUGUCGAACUGGAGAGUAAUCCCACCCAUUGAGGGAUAUGGGAGACCCCAAACACCGUGGAAGGGCGGGGGUGAAAAGCACCAGAAAAAGAGGGGGAAAGACGAGGAAAGAAGAGGAGAAGGAAGACCGCCGUAGGCAAAUAUGAAAGCAGAUAAAUAGAC